AUGUUUAAAAAAGUUCUACGAAAAUCGGGAUUUUUCACCAGUAAAAUUCUAAUAUUCCACCACAUUCGCCAUCUUCAUCAGCUUCUUCAUCUCGAACUCCUGGAUUUCCUACAAAAAUCGGAUUUUUUUCCUCUAUAUCGUCCACCACGUUCGCCAUCUUCAUCGUUAUCUUCGUCUCCAGCUCCUGGAUUUUGCAGAAAAUUCGGAUUUUUUUCUCUAUAUAUUUCAUCACCACCAACAUCUUCAUCCACUUCUUCGCCUGAAACGACGGGAUUUUCCACAAAAAUCGGAUUUUUUCUCUUGAUAGUCCACCUCCACCGCCUUCUUCAUCCACUUCUUCGUCUCGAACUCCUAGAUUUUGCAGAAAAGGGCGACGCCACCCCACUGCACAAAUUGCUUCCGUUCUCUUAAUAACUUUGUUAAUAUUUAGUUUUUUAAAAGUUUAAUUUAUACAUAAGUGAAUAAUAUUAAUAAUAAAUUGUCUUUCCAAUUUAUAAACGUAUUAUAUUGUCUUCUC